AGAAUAAAACCAAUUAAGUGUCUCUCACCUUCGUCAAACCUUCACCAACUACCAUUUCAAAACCCCCUUUUUCACUUGCAAGAAACCCUCAAUUUCUCUAUCAUUUCUUACUAAACCCGCCAAUGAUUCCAUCUGACAUCACGAUGAGUGAAGAAAAAGAACGCGAAGAUGCCAUGCAAGACCUGAUGACAAGAGUAAUGGAAACCCUCAUCUUAGAGGACGAAUUGGCCUUCGAUAAGAGUGACGAAAAGUAUGCACAGAUGGCAUUUGAGGAUUUGAUUGAGAUAACCAAGGAAAGUCCACAUUUGAUGUUGCCCCAUAUUAAUGAAUUAUUUCAAUUUGUUUAUCAAAUCUUGGGAAAAUCUGAAUUUGAAAGGAAAACAAGGUUUCUUGCUCAGGAACUUAUGGGGCUACUUGUUAUGCAUUAUAGAGAUGAGGAGCCAGUGCUUAUCCAAACUGGGAUUUUUAUUUCUGGAAUAGUUUCUAUGCUUGAGAAUAUUGAUGAUGACCCUUCUUGGGAUGGGAACGACAAUUUUGAAGAUGAUUCGAGGGUAUUUGUUGAAGGAGUAGAAAAAUUGGCUCGAUUUGCACCUGCUAUUGGUGGCCAAUUUAUUUUGGAGAAAUACAGUUUACUGUUUGAAUGGCACUUCUUUUCUGAGGAAUGGCAAAACCGGCAUGCUGCUGUUGUAUCACACUCCAUCAUUGCAAGAAAUUGCCCAAAGGAAUCAAUAAAUAAGUUGGAUCUGUUGGUAGAAAGACCCAUAGAAGCCAUUAAUGACACCCACUAUCGAGUGUGUUGGGCGGCUAUUAACGCAAUUGAGGUGUUCUCCAAGAAUUUGAACCCUGAAUUUCAGUUUCAGUAUUAUGAAAAAGUGCUGCCUGCUUUGACAAAAGCUUUGAAUUUUUCCUCGCAUCCCAGUAUUCAGGUACAAGCUGCUAGCACGCUGUUUCACUUUGGUAAGUAUUGCACUUCAGAUCUGUUGACACCUUACAUGGAUGAAAUUGUCAGUAAACUUCUUAGAUGCCUACAGAGAGGGAAGCAACAGUUGAAAGAGGAGGCUUUAACAGCAAUAGCAUCACUUGCCUUGUCAUUAGAGUUUUUUCAGGAUCUUUUUCAACCACAUUACAAAACUGUCAUGCCUCAUUUGAAAGUUAUAAUGAUGAAAGCAGCCACUGGGUCCAACGGCAUGCUUCUUCUUAAAUCUAUUGAAUGCAUUACUACGGUUGGACUGGCUGCUGGGAAGAAGGAUUUCAGUGAUGAUAUUCCAAUGGUUGUGCAAACACUUAUCUCCUUGCAUGAAUCUAAAAUAGAGAGAGAAGAUCCAUUGAGAAGUCAAGUGUUACUAGCAUGGGGCAGACUAUGUAAAUGCUUAGGCCAAGAGUUUCAACCUUACUUGUGUGUCAUUGUUCCUCGUUCUAUUCAAUCUGCUCAACUUCAGUGCCAUGUCACUUCACCUCAGUAUUCUGAAAGUAAAAAAUCAUUGCAAAGUCUUGGAGAUGAAAGGACUGAUAUCAAAGGAGAGGUCCUCAAGGAGAAAGCCAAAGGUUGUAAAUUGCUAUGUACCUCUGCUACUGAGUUGGUGGAACACUUUCAUUUAUGGAUUGAUGAGGUUGCUCAAACUUUAGUCCCACUUAUAAAUUUUGAUCUCCAUGAAGAAGUCAGAAAGGUUUCUGUUAUGGCCAUGCCAAAAAUAUUGAGAUCAUCUAAAGCAGCAAUUGAGAAAGGUUAUGUUCAGGGAUAUCAGGAAUUGCCUUUUGAGAAUUUAUGUUCCUACAUUAUAUCAGCUUUAACGGAAGCUCUUGACAAGGAGCAACUGAUGGAAAUUCAAUUAACAACUUUAGAGUCACUAGAAGAAUGCAUGGAGAUGUCCGAACCUACCCUCAAGAAAGAACAGAUCAAACGUUUCUUGUAUAUAAUAUUGAAGAUUCUCAUAUCCAGUUCUACCACUUCAAGGAGUGGAGUAGAAAAUGAGCAAAUAGAAAAAAUUCAUAGCAAGGCUGGUGAUUGUUUAAUUACUUUCACUGAAAUAUAUAAGGCUUCCUUAUCCCAAUUCUUUGACCAGAUCUUAUCAUGCAUGCCAUAUAUGUGGGAGAAUGAUAGAAAACCAAAAGAGAGAAGAACUGCCUUUCGUAUCUUCAGUGAUGUUGUAGAGAAAUGCCAAGAAGAAGCAUUGAAGUACUGUGAAGGUAGUCUUAGAUUCCUAAUUGAUGCCUGCUAUGAGAUGAACCCAGAAAUUCAAAAGAUAGUCGCACAGUGUAUUGGUGUUAGUGCAUCAUUUGGUGGAGCAAUAUUUAAAUCUCACAUGAAAGAGGCUCUUGGCGGUCUGAAUUCCAUCAUGCAGAAUCCAGAGACACUGCAUCCAGAUUACUUACCAGCCCAUGCUGCAGCUGUUUCAGCUCUCGGGAAAAUAUGCCUUUACCAUCACGAGGAACUCAAUGAAGAAUUUGGCAUAUGGAUAAGCCAUUUGCCAAUAAUGAAUGAUCUAUAUCAGGCCAGAGUUGUCCAUAAUCAGCUUUGUUUGAUGGUUAAUAAGUUCAGUGAAGAACUUAUUCAUAAUGAAAAUACUCAUCUAUCCAAAAUCAUUUCAGUCUUCGCAGAGAUAUUAUGGGCUGGUGAUACUUUGGCCUCAACGGAAACUGUCAACAGAGUAAUUGAACAGUUAAAGCACUUACAGAGAAAUUUACCACCCAAUACAUGGGUAUCCAUCCUCUCCUCCUUGGUACACUCUCGUGCAAAACUUUUGCAGUUGAAAUUGUCAGCUUAGCCUGUUCUUUCUAGUUAGCAUGACAUUGAUCCUCUUCUGAAUCUUCUUGUCUAAACAGUAGGCCCAUUGGAUGUCUAUAAACCAUUAGGAUCUGUGAAUGUCUAUAAAAUUCUUUCUGGUUA